CACACCUAAGAGCAUAUGGUGUUUUUCACAAAAGAGAGAGAUCAUCUCCUUGACUUUGGACUUCGCUCGCUGAACCCCUGAACAGAACCAAGGUUGCUAAGAGACCACCUGUGCUGAACGCACUUUGUUCCAGCAAGAAGACAGAGAGCAAACCAAAGAGCAGUGUUAUCUGCCACAACCUGGGAUUGAGUCAGGGAGCAGCAUCAUUCUGGAUAUGACAUCUAAAAACUGGAUAUUAAUUUCUACUACUACUCCCACAAGCCUGGAAGAUGAAAUUGUGGGAAGACUUCUAAAAAUUUUGUUUGUUAUCUUUGUUGACUUAAUGUCUAUUAUAUAUGUUGUUGUAACUUCUUAGAAAGCUGACUUCCCUUACUUUACAAGUAAAUUUAUAUUGAA